AUGAUCGUCGGCCCUCCAGAGACACCCUAUCAGUUCGCUUUCUUCGAGGUUGGCUCUUUCAAGUUUGGGAUAGGUAAGCCCGACGUCCUAUACGGAUCUUCGUCGAAUUUUGUCGCAGUGAACCUAAUUCGGGGCUUUCAAGACUAUCCUGCAAAGCCUCCAACUGUCCAGGCAUUGACUACCAAUAGGGGACGAUGUCGCUUCAACCCCAAUAUCUAUGCGUCGGGACGGGUUUGCUUUACCUGGCAAUCGCACCCCGGAGAACAAUGGUCCUCUGCACAGGGACUAGAAUCUACACUGCUAUCUAUACAGAGUCUGAUGUCGAACAACCCGUAUAAGAACGAGCCCGGCUAUGAGUCUACAAGGUCGGAAACAGAUAACCAAAAUAUGAAGGAUUACGUUGAAAAGAUACAACACGAGUCUCUUAGAAUAGCAGUGAUUCAGCCUAUGGAAACCUCUCUAGGCAUCUCGAGCGCGUCGGGUUGGGCAUUAUAUCCAAAUGAUGAUGAGAAUGAAGUACCUCCACGUGGCAAUACUGAAUCAACCUGCGAAUCAUUCAUCGAUCUUCGCAAACGACGGUUUCUCUGGUACUACGAGUCGUACAUGCAGACCAUCGACGCCGAAGAGCCCAAGAACCCUCCUAAACGCAGAUUCAAGAAGAUGCCCUUCGAACAUUCCGCAAACUCCAUGGAUGGCCACUUUGACUACCCUGAAUUGCGAAGACGCUUGAUUGCUAUCAAAGAGAAGAUCAUCAGUGAAACGGAAGAGUGGCCAGCCGAGGGGUUGGCAGCACGGGACCAGGAGUUAGGGAUUGCUGUGAAUCUGCGACAUCAGUACGAGCAGAUCAGUCAAGAUCUGAAGGACCAGAAGAACUUUGGCAUUUCUUUGGAGCUUGCUAAUGACAACGCGUUCCUCUGGGAGCUCACCUACUUCGGGCGGCCCAUGUCCCACCUCGACGGGGGCGUCUUCAAGUUCAAAAUCUACCUGAGUCCCCGUUUUCCAGACGAGCAACCACGCGUCUUCAUGGAUCAACCAAUCUUUCACGUCCGGGUGUCCAAAGCAGGCGUCCUGUGCUACAUGCCGCAACGUGUCGAUGCUAUGCGGAAUCAUGUUGACGCUAUUGUGGCGGCAAUUGAUGAGGAAUCGCCGCCUUAUGACCCGCGAACCAACGUAAACCCUGAAGCAUCCAAAUUGUUCUGGGGCACACCAGAGGAUCGGAAGAAAUAUUACCGGAGCUUGAGACGGUCGAUUGAGAAGACCUGGGAGUGA